GUUUACUAAUUUACCUUUACUAAUUUACAGAGCCGCUUCUUCAACCCUUCUCUCACGACGCCCGCUUGGUUUUAUCGAAUUGGAAUAAUGAAUCGCCAAAUUCACGGAACUGUAUCUUCCUCCAAACCCAUCGCCUUGAUUCCUCUCUCCGAUUCCAACUCAGCUUCUGGGUCGGAGAUUCGAGUGUAUACCCGGAAGAGAAAGCUAAAGCAGGAACCUUUGGAGAUACCUCCAGGCAAAGGAAUCAAUGCCCACAAACAGCUAUGCGGAUUACCCUAUGAUAUACAAGAUUUUGCUUACAAAAAGAACAAUGGAUCUCCUUCAUCCAACAUGAAUUCACGGUGGCAGAAUGUGUCGGAGGCUCGACAAGCCACUCUUCAACGCCACUCAACAAAUGCUGACGAAAACUCUGAACCGAUCCCAAAUGAUCUCUAUAUUGAGAUAUUCUUGAGGUUGCCGGUGAAGUCUAUAGCGACAUGUCGUUGUGUAUCAAAGCUCUGGGCCUCCUUACUUGGCCUUCCCUAUUUCACGGAGUUGUACUUUACCAGAUCUUCUGCUCGCCCAAGGAUCUUGUUCACCUGCCGAAAAGACAGUGAGUUGUGCUUCUUCUCGACACCUCAGCCUCUAAAUCCUGAUGAGAGCUCGUCUCUUUUAGCUGCCUCUUAUCAUAUGAAAAUUCCCUUCAAUGAUAACUAUAAUAUUAUCAGUCCUAUCGGUGGCCUUGUCUUUCUUAGAUAUGGACAUAUUUUUGAGGGAAGGAAAACUCCAGAAUUGUUGUCGGUGAUAUGGAACCCUAGCACCAGACAAUCCUUAGCCUUACCGAAACCUAAUACAAGAAAGAGGAUUUGUCUUCAAAGCUAUUUUGGGUAUGAUCCCACUGAGAAGCAAUACAAGGUAUUGUCAAUGAGUGUGGAAGGUGGGAUCUAUAAGGAGCAUCAGGUUCUGACAUUAGGAACUGAGAAACUGUCUUGGAGAAUGAUCGAAUGUUGCAUACCCCAUAUUAAUGGUUUUAAAGGGAUAUGCAUCAAUGGUGUAUUGUAUUAUCCAGCCAUGGCUGACAUCUGUUCAGGGAUGCGUAUGAUAGUUUGCUUUCACGUUAGGUCUGAGAAGUUCAGCUUUAUUAAAAUCUUGGAACCUUUCAUUAGGUUAUUGUGUCCUACAGCUACUCUGAUUAGCUACAACGGUAAAUUGGCCUCACUUGUGUGGAAUUAUCAUAAAGGAAAAGGUUUUGAGAUGUGGGUUCUAGGAGACCCCGGAAAAAAUGAAUGGUCGAAGCAUAUUUACGGAUUGCCACCUCUGUGGCAGAAUGUACUUGCUAAGGACAUGUUAAUGUUUGCUGGAGUGACUGGUACAAAUGAAGUUGUGUUAUCGUUACGCUAUCCGUCAGACUCUCUAUCUCAGCCUUUCUAUGUGUUGUACUACAAUUUGGAGAGGAAAACUAUCAGAAGAGUUGAAAUCCAAGGAAUGAAACCGACUAAUGGUUGUCGCAAUUACAUAUUUCUAGACUAUGUAGAGGAUGUGAAGCUUAUACAAGCAUUCUAAGACUUUAUAAGUUGACAUCUUGUAACAUAGCUCGUUUGGCUCUUAGGAUGUUGGGAUUCUUAUAAGUUGCUACUGGUUUUGUGAUCUUUAUAAGUUGAUGAUGGUGUAAUCUAUUUAAAUUAAUUCUUC